CAGAUUCAAACCAAUUUCUAUAUAUGGAGUUGACAGCGUCAAAUUUAAAUGACAGCUAUUUGACACUUCAUUUUAAACCUGAAAUUUAAACAACUUUCAACAGACAUGGAAACCUUACACGCAUUUGAAGAAGUUAGUGCGUUAAAGAAAUUACGCGAAGAAUAUGAACGACAGCUGAAAAUGCUCGGCGUAGAGUUGUGUGAUUUACCAGAUGAUUGCGUGACCAAACUAAACGAAUGUAUUCACCUGAAAAUGGUAACAAAAUUACACGAUUGUGGCAUCAACUAUCUUAAAGAGUUCUACUAUACAAGGAAAAAAGAGCAAAUAGACCAACGCCUUGCAAUGGCCAAAAUACAAAACGACAUAAACGAUCUUGAAAAACAAAUCGAAGCAGAAACUAUGGAAUUAGAUCAAUUACAAAUGUUCACAACAUCAGUAAAUAAACGCCUCAUGUCUGAAGCUGAAAUGGAAAAUAACAAAGUUACAUUAGAUAAGAAAAUCCAGGACAUGCUCGUGAGACAGAAAUCGUUUAUGAUUCCCGAGGAUGUAAACAUCGAUGAAUUGAUCAGAAAAAUAGAAUUGCUUGAAAGUCGAAAGAAGAAUUGAAAAAAACUUAGAGUAAACUUUAGCUGCAGCCUAGGCGAUCAUGAAACGCACAUACCUAAACCUAUAUUUAUUGGAUUAAGAUAUUUAGUUAAAACAUUAUUAUAUUCUCACAAGACUGCUUA